UCAGAAGAGCAGAGAGAGCGUCAUUUCCGCCCUCACUCUCGGCCCGACAGGGAAAGGCGGGGCAAGCAGAAGGCGCGCUGCUUGUGCGUCACUUCCGGUGAGUCUAGCGGCGACAACGGCAACAUGGCCCUAAACGGCGCUGAAGUUGACGACUUCUCCUGGGAGCCCCCGACCGAAGCGGAGACGAAGGUGCUGCAAGCGCGGCGGGAGCGACAGGAUCGCAUUUCCCGGCUCAUGGGCGACUACCUGCUUCGUGGUUACCGCAUGCUGGGCGAGACCUGCGCUGACUGCGGGACGAUCCUACUCCAAGACAAACAGCGGAAAAUCUACUGCGUGGCUUGUCAGGAGCUCGACUCAGACGUGGAUAAAGAUAACCCGGCUCUGAAUGCGCAGGCUGCCCUCUCCCAAGCUCGGGAGCACCAGCUGGCCUCUGCCUCGGAGCCCCCCUUGAGCUCUCGGCCUGCCCCUCAGCCCCCAGUACCCCGUCCGGAACACUGUGAGGGAGCUGCGGCAGGGCUUAAGGCAGUCCAGGGGCCACCCCCUCCUGCUGUGCUUCCAAAUGCAGAUGUGGUGGCCUGCACACAGGAGGCUCUCCUGCAGAAGCUGACCUGGGCCUCAGCUGAGCUGGGCUCUAGCACCUCCCUGGAGACUAGCAUCCAGCUGUGUAGCCUUAUCCGGGCGUGUGCUGAAGCCCUGCGUAGUCUGCAGCAGCUGCAACACUAAAAAACCCCUCCUGAGAAAAACCCUGUAGAAAAACA